UUGUAAAAACCAAUUUAACUCGUACCAGAGCGGGCAGGGGGGGGGGGAGAAGACCCAGAGGCAUCUUUCCGGAAUCUGCGUGUCACUAGGACCCAGAGGCGCUGGCGGCCGAGUAAUUUGCUGAAUCUCCUCCCCUCCGAUAACACGUGAAAACCUCCUCCAGGAAAAUCACCUCCAAACAUCAACAGAGCGAGCAUCCUUCAUUGGGAGCCGGCGGGCCGGAGGCAGAGCGAGCUGGCUGCUCUCGCCCGUUAGACCGUCUGUACCUUAGCAGCUGGAGCCCAGUCAUGAAACCCCAAACCGGGAUGCAGUAACCUCACCCGGUCUUAAAGAUAUUGUAGAUGGGUUUUGUUUUUUAAAUGACAGCCAACUAGCGAUCGGCGUACUUCACACCCACCCCACACACACACACGUCUCUUUGAAGCAAAAAACGGCCGACAUGCCCGGCUACGAUUACAAGUUUCUGGAGAAGCCGAAGCGGCGCUUUCAGUGUCCUCUGUGCAACAAGCCGAUGCGGGAGCCCGUGCAAGUCUCGACCUGUGGCCAUCGCUUCUGUGAUACCUGUCUGCAGGAGUUUCUCAGCGAGGGCGUGUUUAAAUGUCCUGAAGACCAGCUUCCACUUGACUACGCAAAGAUCUAUCCUGAUCCAGAGCUGGAAGCCCAGAUCCUGGCCCUUCCCAUUCGGUGCAUUCACAGUGAGGAAGGCUGCAGGUGGACAGGACAGAUUAAACAGCUGCAGCUCCACCUUUCGACAUGUCCGUUCAAUGUGAUACCGUGCCCAAACCGUUGCACAAUCAAGCUGAGCAGAAGGGACCUGGCCGAACACCUACAGCACGAUUGCCCGAAGCGCCGAGUCAAGUGUGAAUACUGUGGCAGUGACUUCACUGGGGAAGGUUAUGAGAAUCACCAGGGAAUUUGCCCUCAGGAGAGCGUGUACUGUGAAAACAAAUGCGGGGCCAGAAUGAUGCGACGCCUGCUAUCACAACAUUGCCUUACAGACUGUCCAAAGCGCACACAGCCCUGUAAAUUCUGUGGCAAGGAGUUUGUGUUCGACACGAUACAGAACCACCAAUAUCAGUGCCCACGAUACCCGGUAGUCUGCCCCAACCAGUGCGGAGUGUCAAACAUCGCCAGGGAAGAUCUUGCCAAUCACCUGAGAGACAACUGCAACACUGCCAUGGUACUUUGCCCCUUCAAAGAUGCAGGCUGCAAACACCGGUGCCACAAGAUUGCAAUGAGCAGACACAUUGAUGAAAGCAUGAAAGUGCAUCUGAACAUAAUGUGCAGCCUUGUGAAUCGUCAGCGCCAGGAUAUCUUGGAGCUACGGCGGGAAGUGGAGGAGCUCUCGGUUGGCAGUGAUGGUGUCCUAAUCUGGAAAAUAACCGACUACUCGCGUAAGAUGCAGGAAGCCAAAUUGCGCAACAACUAUGAGUUUUUCAGCCCCCCGUUUUACACCCACCGCUAUGGCUACAAGCUGCAAGUGUCUGCGUUCCUCAAUGGAAAUGGGAGUGGGGAGGGGACCCACUUGUCCGUCUACAUCCGUGUCCUGCCGGGCGAAUAUGACAACCUGCUGGAGUGGCCUUUCUCAUACAAGGUGACCUUCUCCAUUAUGGACCAGAGUGACCCAUCGCUCUCAAAGCCUCAGCACAUCACAGAAACCUUCACCCCUGACCCCAACUGGAAGAACUUCCAGAAGCCUCUAAACUCCAGGAACUCCAUGGAUGAAAGCACACUUGGCUUUGGGUAUCCCAAAUUCAUUUCGCAUGAGGAGAUCAAAAAGAGGAACUACAUCAGGGACAAUUCCAUCUUCCUCAGAGCUUCUGUGGAGAUCCCUCAAAAAAUUAUAGCAUGAACAUAGACUGGAGGGAAAUAGGCCAGUUGCUCCUGCUUUAUCAUCGAAAGCUUUUUUUUUAUACACAUGCGUAUAUAUUGUGAUACAAACAAGUUGCUCGAGAACCAAAAUUUCUGAGGUACUUUUGAGAUUUCUCCACUGUGCAUUAUGAACAUUGCCUACUGUGCAUGCGUGAAUUGGCAUGAUAUUUAGAUACUGGGUCUGCCCACUUCAGGGAGACGAAGAAUACCUCUACAAUGUUGUUUUUUUAACUGUUGACUUGCCAUAGUUUCGGUAUCUAUGGUCACAGAGCCAUCUGAUUCUCUCACUUGGGGACUUUGCAGGCUAUGUGAUUGCAAGACAUCAUUCAGCCUGAUGACUAUUCCCAUGUUAUAGGAUUGGUUUGAAAACUUGAGAGAAGAGAUGGGAGGGGUGAGUUUGUUCAAGUCUGAAGAUAUAUUUGGGUUUAGAAGACAACAUUUUCGCUCAGACAGCUUAUGACUCUGUCUGAGGACACGUUUCAAUAAGGUGCAGAUUCAAAGAGUUUGGGCACUGUCAAAGUGUCCAUUUGAGGGGGCGGGGUUACAGCUUCUUUCUUAAUAAGUAAUGGUUAAGCAGACAGAGGGGUUAACUCCAGGCUGAUUCUGACGCUGCCAAAAGAGUUUGCCUAUGUACUGUAUUUUAAGCUGGUCAAAGUUGGCUUCUCAGGUGAUCAAACAUAAAACCCAGUCUUCAGUAUUAGUUGCAUUAAACUGAUUUUGGAGGGAAAGUGCUAGCUUUCUCCACUGCAUUAAGAAAAACAGGAGUGCUUGUAGCCAGUUUUCAGUCAGCCUUUUAAAAAAAAAACAAAGUGGGAGAGAAACAUUUUUGGGGGAGAGGGUAGGAGACACUUUUUUUUCCCCAGUGUUAUUUUAUUACAAAAAGAAUGACAUUUUAUACACACAAAAUGUUAUGUCACUAUUUUGGCCAUGGCUGAUUGCUGAGAAACACCCUUUAAAAAUGCUUUUAAUAAACUAAGGCAUGUGCAAUAAGUAAAUGCCAGGAUUCAAAGAUGUGAAUAGUCAAAGUUGCUAAUAUAUAACGGUAAUACUAGAAGGUUCUUUUUUUCCCUUUUUUUUUUCUCUCUUCCUCGUUCUUUCUCUCUCCCUGCGUGCUCUCUCACAGAAGUUGGAAUCUUUUGCUACGUUUGAACUUACCGGGUGCAAACUGUUUCUAUGUCUAUGUCCAUGUUCAACGAUUUUGAAAACGGAAGAAUUUUCUAAAGCUGUAUAUUUUAAAUAAAACUACAUCUAGGACUUUAACUGUUUUGUAGUAGACUAGGGAUGCAAGUGUUUUUUUUUGUAAUGAAUAUCAAUGAAAAGCUGGAAAAAUCUCAAUGGCAUGUUAGUGUAAUUCCAUUUUAUGGUCAGUUAAAUCCAUUUGGAAUUUUUGGAAAAAGUAGUCUUCUGCUUUACUUGAUUCCUCGUGUAUAAUUUCAGUUCUAAAGCUAUUUAUUUUUUAGCUGUGUUGUUUGAUCAUUGAGAUAGAUGUGUUUGAAAGCCAGAACAAGAGAUGAUUGUCUGUACAUCGUCUUUUUUUGAAAUAAAAUGUGUAUUCAUACAAA